CACUAGAACCCUUCAAGCUUAAUUUCCACACAUAAAUAAAUGGUUUGGGACUUGUGAAAACUUCCCAUCAUAUUUGGCUUCCCACACAAGAAUUUUCACCAAAGGCAUGGAGGAAGGGGUGGAUGCAGAUGAAGUGGUGAGGUCAGUGAGCAGCUUGAGGAUGAGCAUAGGGUCUAUGAGCAGGAGGAGUUGGGUUUCAGCAAGUGUUUCUGAGAUGUGGGGUGCUGGACAUGGUGGAGAUGUUUUUGAAAGAAGCACUAGAGUGGAUGAUGGUGAUAAUGAUGAAGAGGAGCUCAUGUGGGCUGCCAUAGAGAGGCUUCCAACAUUUGAGAGGCUUAGGAAAAGCAUAGUCAAAAGGGCUUUGGAAGAGAGUGGAAGGUUCAAUUAUGAAGAGGUUGAUAUAUCCAAUCUUGGUUUUCAGGACAAGAAGAAACUCCUUCAUGCCAUUCUAAGGAAGGUUGAAGUUGACAAUGAAACAUUUCUCCGUAGGAUAAGGGAGAGGAUUGAUAGAGUCGCUAUAGAGAUUCCAAAAGUUGAAGUCCGAUUUGAGCAUUUGUUUGUGGAAGGAGAUGCAUUUAAUGGAACCAGAGCACUGCCAACCUUAGUGAACUCCACCAUGAAUGCGAUAGAGAGAAUUCUUGGAUCAAUUAAUCUUCUUCCAUCAAAGAGAAGUGUUAUCAAGAUACUCCAAGAUGUUAGUGGAAUUGUCAAGCCUGCAAGAUUGACCUUGCUUUUGGGGCCUCCAAGAUCAGGAAAAACUACACUGCUGCAAGCACUUGCGGGGAAACUGGAUAGGGAUUUAAGGGUAUCCGGAAGAGUCACUUACUGUGGUCAUGAAUUAUCAGAAUUUGUUCCUCAAAGAACAUGUGCUUAUAUUAGUCAGCAUAAUCUUCAUCAUGGAGAGAUGACAGUCCGAGAGACGUUGGACUUUUCUGGACGCUGCUUGGGAGUUGGAACAAGGCAUGAACUACUACUAGAACUGAUAAAGAGAGAAAAGCAAUCAGGACUCAAACCAGAUCCAGAGAUAGAUGCUUUCAUGAAAGCCACAGCAGUGGAAGGUCAAGAAACAAGUCUCAUUACAGAUUAUGUUCUCAAGGUUCUUGGAUUGGAAAUAUGUGCUGAUACUUUGGUAGGAGAUGAGAUGAGGAGAGGAAUAUCUGGUGGAGAAAAAAAGAGGUUAACUACUGGUGAGAUGCUGGUAGGACCUGCAAAAGUUUUCUUAAUGGAUGAGAUUUCAACUGGUUUGGAUAGUUCCACAACCUUCCAAAUUGUCAAGUUCUUGAGGCAGCUAGUGCAUGUCAUGGAUGUUACAAUGAUAAUCUCUCUUUUACAGCCUGCACCAGAAACAUAUGACCUUUUUGAUGACAUCAUCUUGCUUUCAGAAGGCCACAUUAUCUACCAAGGUCCACGUGAGAAUGUUCUCAAUUUUUUUGAGAGUGUAGGCUUCAAAUGCCCCGAAAGGAAAGGAGUUGCAGACUUCUUACAGGAGGUUACUUCCAGAAAGGAGCAAGAGCAGUACUGGUUCGCAAGGGACAAACCAUACCGUUAUGUCAGCGUGCCCGAGUUUGUUGCUCACUUCAACAAUUUUGGCAUUGGCCAACAACUUUCCCAAGAUCUUCAGGUUCCUUAUGACCGUGCCGAAACUCAUCCUGCUGCAUUGGUUAAAGAUAAAUAUGGGAUCUCAAAACUAGAACUCUUCAAGGCAUGCUUUGCAAGAGAGUGGCUACUGAUGAAGCGCAGUGCUUUCGUAUACAUAUUUAAGACUACUCAGAUUAUGAUAAUGUCUUUGAUUACCAUGACAGUGUUUUUUAGGACAGAAAUGAGAAGUGGUCACCUUGAAGAUGGGAGAAAAUAUUAUGGUGCACUGUUUUUUAGCCUCACUAAUAUAAUGUUCAAUGGAAUGGCUGAGCUUUCAUUGACUAUUUUUAGACUUCCCGUUUUCUUCAAGCAGAGAGAUUCAUUAUUUUUUCCAGCAUGGGCUUUUGCAAUUCCCAUAUGGAUCUUUCGAAUUCCUCUCUCUUUUGUGGAGUCAGGAUUAUGGGUUGUCCUUACUUAUUACACAGUAGGGUAUGCUCCAGCUCCAAGUAGAUUUUUUCGUCAGUUAUUAGCAUUCUUCUGCUCUCAUCAAAUGGGUAUGUCUCUGUUCCGAUUCAUUGCUGCUCUUGGAAGAACACUAGUUGUGGCAAACACAUUUGGUUUCUUUGUACUGCUACUUGUUUAUGUGCUUGGUGGGUUCAUUAUUGCCAAAGAUAACCUUGAGCCUUGGAUGAAAUGGGGCUAUUAUAUUUCUCCUAUGAUGUACGGUCAGAACGCCAUUGCCAUCAAUGAAUUUCUCGACGAGAGAUGGAGCGCUCCCAACACGGACCAUAGAAUUCCUGAGCCCACAGUUGGGAAGGCUCUUCUCAGGAUUAGAAGCAUGUUUACUGAAGACUAUUGGUACUGGAUUUCUAUUGGUGCUCUACUAGGCUUUUCUCUGCUUUUCAACAUUUGCUUUAUAAUUGCUCUUACAUUUCUGAAUCCAUAUGGAGAUUCUAAAUCUAUUAUUCUGGAGGAGGAGAAUGAGAAAAAGGGAACUACAGAAGACAGUUCUGCUUCAACUGAUAAAUCAUUUGAAAAUGCAGACAUUGAUAUGGCAGAAAAAAACACCCGAGAGAGUUCAAUUCCCAAAGCAGGCACUGCAACAACCAAGAGGGGAAUGGUGUUACCCUUCAAGCCUCUAUCACUUGCUUUUGAUCACGUGAAUUACUACGUCAAUAUGCCAACUGAAAUGGAAAAACAUGGAGUUGAAGGGAGUCGGCUUCAACUACUAAGAGAUGUCAGUGGUGCUUUCAGGCCUGGAGUACUAACAGCAUUAGUAGGUGUAACUGGUGCUGGAAAAACCACAUUGAUGGAUGUUCUAGCUGGACGGAAAACUGGUGGUUAUAUUGAAGGAAGCAUCAGCAUAUCUGGUUACCCAAAAAAACAAGCAACUUUUGCUCGGAUUAGUGGAUAUUGUGAACAAAAUGAUAUCCAUUCUCCACGUAUCACAGUGUAUGAAUCUAUUCUGUUUUCUGCUUGGCUGCGUCUUGGUAAGGAGGUCAAGAGAGAGAUAAAGAAGAUGUUUGUCGAGGAAGUUAUGAACCUUGUUGAGCUACAUCCAGUGAGAGAUUUUCAAGUAGGCCUUCCUGGAAUAGAUGGUUUAUCAACUGAACAAAGAAAGAGACUCACCAUUGCAGUAGAAUUGGUUGCCAAUCCUUCUAUCAUCUUUAUGGAUGAGCCAACCUCCGGCCUUGACGCUAGAGCUGCAGCAAUUGUUAUGCGUGCUGUUAGAAAUACAGCGGAUACAGGGAGAACUAUUGUCUGCACAAUUCAUCAACCAAGCAUUGACAUAUUUGAAUCUUUUGAUGAGCUGCUUUUGAUGAAGAGAGGAGGACAAAUCAUAUAUAAUGGUCCCUUAGGUCAACAAUCUCAGAAUCUUAUAGCCCACUUUGAGGCUUUCCCGGAAGUUCCUAGAAUCAAAGAUGGUUAUAAUCCUGCCACAUGGGUUUUGGAGAUCAGUACUCCAGCAGUUGAGAGUCAGCUUAGAGUAGACUUUGCAGAAUUCUACACAAAAUCAGAAUUGUAUCAGAGGAAUCAAGAACUUAUUAAAGAGCUAAGCACACCUUUAGAGGGAACAAAGGACCUUGAUUUCCCUACUAAAUACUCCCUUUCCUUUAUCACUCAAUGUAUAGCUUGCUUCUGGAAACAGCACUUGUCCUACUGGAGGAAUCCACAGUAUAAUGGCAUCCGGUUAUUCAUGGCAAUAUCUAUAGGUGUUAUUUUUGGACUCAUUUUCUGGAAAAAAGGAAACCAAACAGAUACGGAGCAAGAUCUUAUGAAUUUAAUGGGAGCUAUUUUUGCUGCUGUUUUCUUUCUUGGAGGCUCCAACACUUCCACUGUUCAACCCAUAGUUGCAAUUGAAAGAACAGUCUUCUACCGUGAAAGAGCAGCUGGAAUGUACUCAGCUCUACCUUAUGCAAUUGCUCAGGUGGCAAUAGAAUGUAUUUAUGUUGCAAUCCAGACAUUUACCUUCAGUCUUAUCCUUUUCUCAAUGAUGGGGUUCCUUUGGCGAGUUGACAAGUUCUUGUGGUUCUACUUCUUCAUGUUCAUUUCAUUUGUCUACUUCACACUUUAUGGCAUGAUGACUGCGGCUCUGACACCAAAUCCUCAAAUUGCUGCAAUUGUUAUGGCCUUCUUUUUAGUGUUUUGGAACGUAUUCUCAGGUUUCAUUAUCCCAAAAUCGCAAAUUCCAAUAUGGUGGAGGUGGUUUUACUGGGUGUGUCCAACUGCCUGGAGUGUAUAUGGCCUAGUGACAUCCCAGGUGGGUGACAAAGAUACUCCUAUUCUGGUACCUGGAUCAGAACCAAUGACAGUGAAAGCAUUCCUUGAGGAAGAGUUCGGCUAUGAAUAUGGCUUCCUCGGAGUUGUUGCUGUGGCUCAUAUUGCAUUUGUUGCGUUGUUUCUUUUUGUUUUUGCAUAUGGUAUCAAAGUCUUUAAUUUCCAGAAGAGAUAAGUAACACGGAAUAAAUGAACAGAAUAAACACAAAUAAAAGAAAGUAGUAAAGAUAGACAUUUAAAGGUUUUUGUAGAAUAGAUAUGUAGCAUUAUGCUUUUCCAUACUGUCUGGAAAUUUUCACUUGUGUGUAGUUUUUGGUCAUUGUUCAACACCUGAAGUUUGGCACCAACAUAUCCUUCCAAAGUGUACAAAUGAUAAAGACUGUUUUUGGUCAUUAUUCAACUUCUGAAGUUUGUCAUCAACACAUAUCCUUCCAAAGUGUACAAAUAAUAACAACUGUUGUGCAUAUUAGUGUGAGCAAUGGACCAUUUUUAAGAGAAGUUGACGUUCUUCCUAUCAAGGAAAAAUAUUGGUUUAUUGUCCUUCA